AUGGCGUACGGACUCGGCCACAGCCCGGCACCGCGAGAGCUGACGUUUACGCAAGGGUUUGUCGCAGGCCAGCUAGUUCUUAUCCUGCUUCUUGCGUUCCUGUUUCGCUACUUUUUCAUGACCAAUGUGCCAGCCUCGCUGGAGAAACAGCGCGCGGAUUUGAUUGCGCGCACCGAGACGAUGCAGAAAUCGCUCGACGCGCGAUGCAAGGCACAGAAGCAAGGCCGUGCCGUGCCGUACGACCAGUCCUUGGAAGCUCGCAUACUCGAUAUGCUCCAGCGUACCCACUACGACAUGUCCGCGCAUCCGCCCGAGUCGGUCGAUUGGCUUACACUCCUCGCUGCCCAGAUCAUCUACGGCUACCGCGAGAGUAUCUUGCAAGCUGCACAGCAUAUUCAUGACCCGAAUCAAGGCAUGCCGCUUCCCUCUUUACAGACGCCCGAAAAGGCUGCGACCAAGCGUGUAUUAGAGCGCGCACUUAACGGUGCAGUCGGUGGACACACGAUGGGUCUGCUCGAUACCAUCACCGUCACAGACAUUAACUUUGGAAGCCAGUACCCCACAUUCAGCAAUGCUCGGUUCCGCCCGUCGGACAAGCCAAACGGCCUGCGCCUCGAAGUCGAUUUCGACUAUGUGGACACGAUUAGUAUUGGGCUCGACACCAAGCUCUUGCUAAACUUUCCCCGGCUGCGUUUUGGAUCCCUCGCACUCGCGCUUACGCUGCGUAUUGAGCGGUUUGCCGGCACUGCCGCGGUAGAAGUCGGGCCGAGAGGCGGUCAGCUGGGCGCACCGCAGGAGCUGCGCUUGUGCUUGUUCCCCGACUUUAUACUCCGAGCGCGAGUCGCGAGCGUGAUGGGCUCAGAAAAAGGGCUCAAAAACGUGCCAAAGAUAGAGGAGCUUCUCGUUUCUCGCUUACACAUCAUCCUACAGGACAAGGUGGUGUGGCCCAAGUACUGGAGUAUUCCUUUGCGGGGCCUAUCGCAGUCCUAA